AUGGCCGUCAGCUCGGACGAGCGCAGCAGUGCAAUGAAGGCGGUCAUUGAAGGCGAGCAGCUGCAGAUGGAGAUCAUCAAACUCCUGCAACCUGAUCAUGUUACCGAUGAGGAUCUGAUGAAGACAGACUGGCAGCCUUGCAUAAAACAAGUGGGCACUCUGCGUGUUGUCUUGAAUGUCUCCUCUCCGAAACUCUCAUUCUUUUUUGCAGUCUACCUCAGGCCAGAGCUCCUGUACCAGGAUCUGCAAAUCGACGAGCGUAUUGCAGAGCAGGCAGCGCUUGUGACAAGUCCACUGCAGCUGCUGGCAGCACUGCCCAUCAUGCAGCAGUUCCUGGACAAACAGAUCUAUUCCAAGGCUGCUCCUGUGGCCCUCGUGGCCCUAAAAGCACUCCGCAGCCACAGAGACAGAUGGAACGCCCCUGCUCGGACAGCAAGGAAGGACAUGGCUCUGCUAGACAGCUGGGGAGAAUUUCUCUGCCCAGUUACAGGCGGCCGGACGCCAGUAAAGAGCAGAAGCCUUGCAAUGAGGGACGACUACUGGCGCAGCCUGGCAGUGGCGGCACGCUUCAGGGAUGCUGUCAGGCAGGACCCUGCCUUUGCAGAAACAGAGAUGCCGACCUUCACAGAUCAGCAGCUUCAGGAGGAGCUUUCUCAUGUCAGGUGCCAAAAAUGCCAGAAGUUGUGCGCGGACCUGCUGCGGUGUGCGGGCUGCAUACAAGUCAAGUACUGCUCCAAGGACUGCCAGAAGAAGCACUGGGGCAGCAGCUUCCCUUGGCUUUAUUUGGCUCUGAAUGACAACUCGUUGGGCGUUGCUGUUCUGUGA